CUGAUCUGCCUAGGCUACUGCUCACUUUCUGCUCUUUUAGGUGAAAAGCGCAAAUUUGCUUGUGAAUUAUGCGAUUUCUCCGCGACUACAUUGAAAUCCUUGAGAUUUCAUCGGCGGGUACAUGAUCGAUUCGGAGUUGGACCAGCAACUCUCACGGAUCCACAUGGAAACGGGAUUAUAACGGUUGGGGACGUUCUCCAGUGCGAGACUUCACUCGGAUUGAGUCUUUGUGGAAACUCUUCCCCACCUCAACUCUCUCCUCCAGCAGCAUUUAGCGCUGGCUUAUUGCGAAGUAAUACGGAGCCCGGACAUCUAUCCACAAUGGCAGCUGAGUCUGAUUCUCCUACGCGCAUAACUCGUCGACAUGCUGCUGCACCUGCCCCACCAAUGACUCCUCCCCCAAAU